AUGAAUAUUUUUUUCUGCAAGUAUGAAGGGAUGAAGUAUGACAAAAGUGGCAGUCUAAUCUGUAAUGAAGUGGACCUGUGUGACUGCCUGGAGAAGAACUGCCUGGAAUACUUCUACCCAAGUCCCAAGUGCAAUUCCAACAAGUGUGGGCCAGAGUGCAAAUGCAACCAGUGCUGGGUCUAUGAUGCCAUUGUCAUAGUCUGGUGA